AUGGCUCUCUCAUUCAUCCUUCGGGGUGAGGAUCAACAAACUCCUAUGAUCGCUCCCGAUUCCAAUGCCCCUUCUCCAGCUGUACUGUCGUUAUCCGGUUCUCCAAGGAUACACAAUAACAACCCUAAUAUUGAAGGUCAAACAUUCUCUUCGCUCGAUCCUCCCUCACCUGACUCCAACGAUAAAUCUCGACGAUAUAGCUCGGGAGGUCCUGAUCCAGAGAAGAUCGACCAUGCGCUGAAGAAGGAAAGGUUUAAUAUGGAUCAUCCGCUGUAUCAUGACUUGGCUCCAGAAGAUUCUUACAAAGAUGGUGUUUAUUGGGCAGAUUUACCAGGUUCAGAAAGACGAUCAUGGGUUCACACUCAAAAUCAUACAGAGGUGAUGAGAGAAGUACGACACGUAUGGAGCAUGUUCAAGAAAGACCCUUUAUCACCUUUAUCGGUCUACACCAAGAAAUACGUCAUGGGAGGAUUCGGUUUGUUCACAGAGGGUUAUACUUUGUUCUCGAUAGGUAAUUUGGGGGCACUGUAUAAAGCAGUUUGGCCAUUGUGUUGGAAGACUCAUGAAGUUUGUGAUUCAAAUUGGGUCGCUGCGGUCGACUACCUCCAAAUCAUUGGUAUCAUCCUUGGUCAGAUCUUAGUGGGUAUCGAAGGUGAUUGGAUAGGUAGGAAAGCAGGUUUAGUACAAGAUGCUUUGGUCAUGACAAUCGGUUUGGUCAUGCUCACUGCAUCUUGGGGUACUUCCCUCGAAGGUUGGGUCAUCUGUUAUGGUUUCUCCCAAUUCUUCUACGGUAUUGGUGUCGGUGGUGAAUACCCUAUGACAUCUACCACGGCAAUGGAAUCAAAAUCCGUCGCUGGUUCACAGAAAGAUGACAAAUUGCACAGAGGUAGAAAUGUCGUCUUGGCAUUCUUGAUGCAGGGUUGGGGUCAACUAUUCAACCAAGGAAUCUUGAUCAUCCUCUUAUUGAUCUUUCACCAUUCUGCCAAUCCACCUUAUUCAACCGUCUCUGCCCAAUGGACCUUCCGAGUUUCCUUCGGUAUAAUGGCGGUUAUGACCCUCUGGUUAGCUUAUUUCCGAUUCUACAAGAAGAAAUAUUCUUCUGCCGCUCUGAAGAAAUCAAAGAAGAAUUCAAGAGUCAAUCAAUCAGGAUACGAUCUUCAUUCCCUCAAGUUGGUUUCUACCCAUUUCGCAGGGAGAUUGAUUGGUACCACCAUGGGAUGGCUUUUCAAUGAUUUCUUGUUUUACGGAAACAAAUUGUUCGCUUCCACUUUUAUCAAUAUCAUUUCACCUUCCAGUGUAGGCAAUGUCGUUACGACCUGGAAUUGGAACUUGGUCAACAUCGGUGUUUCACUCGUUGGAUAUUACCUCGCUGCGUUGUUUAUCGAUCAUAAAUUCUAUGGAAGAAAGAGAAUGCAGAUCAUUGGGUUCUUAGGCGAUGGUGUGCUAUUCUUGAUCGCUGCUAUCUGGUACAAAGAACUCUCUACCCCUCAACACAUCCGAGGAUUCCAAACUAUCUAUUACCUCUCCUCAUUCUUCCAGCAAUUCGGUCCCAACUGCACUACCUUCCUACUCGCCGCCGAGGUCUUCCCCGUUUCAGUCCGAGCUACCGCCCACGGUCUAUCCGCCGCAUCAGGAAAAGUCGGUGCAUUGCUUCCAGCAGUAAUCUACAACUAUGUCGAUACUCGAACUCGAUUCUGGAUAGUUUGGCCAUUCGGUAUAGCCGGUGUGAUCGUCACAUUGUUGUUCAUCCCCGAUACGACAGGAUUGGAUCUCAGAGAACAAGAUAGGUAUUGGGCAUUUGUCAGAGAAGGUAGAGCGAACGAAUAUCACGGUAUUGCCGUUCACCCAAGACAUCUAAGUGUAUGGGAGAGAUACGUUCUGAAGAGACAUUUACAAUAUGAUGCCGAGAAAGAUAGACAUCAGAGAGUCAAGGAAUUGAAAAUGCUUUGGGAACAGAAGAAGAAAGCGGCCAUCGAAGAACAGGAACAUGAACAUGAACAUGAAGAAGAGGGAGAGUUGAGUCAUAGAGCUUUCCAUCAUUUCAAUACUAUUCACGAGAAACAGACCAUCCCGUCGAGCUCGUCCACUAUUGCAGAAUAA